AUGUCUUCCUCUUCUGCCGGAGUAGUCACAAGAGCAACUGAUAUCAAGAGAGAAAAUGUGAAAGACGCGGAAAAGUGCAUCAGGCUCGAGGCGCUGGACGCGGCGGAGUUGUCCAUGGAGCGCGCUGCUCCAAACGCAGACGCGGUGCGCGCAGAGCUGCUGGUGAGCGCUGCGUCCUCUUUGGCCUUUUCACCGGAGCAAGUGGCAUGUGUCUGUGAGGCACUGCAGCAGGGAGGCAACGUGGAGAGACUGGCCCGGUUCCUUUGGUCACUGCCGCAGAGUGACUUGCUUCACGGCAAUGAGAGCAUCCUCAAAGCCCAAGCCCUGGUCGCGUUCCACCAGGCGCGUUACCAGGAGCUCUACAGCAUCUUGGAAAAUCAUAGUUUCAACGCAACUAACCACACCUUCCUCCAAGAUCUGUGGUACAAGGCCCGCUACACCGAGGCCGAGAAGGCGCGGGGGAGACCCCUGGGUGCCGUGGACAAAUACCGGAUUAGAAGGAAAUACCCUCUCCCCCGGACUAUUUGGGAUGGAGAGGAGACUGUAUACUGCUUCAAAGAGCGUUCCCGAAAUGCGCUCAAGGAUCUAUACAAUCAAAACAGAUACCCUUCCCCGGCUGAGAAGAGAAACCUGGCCAAGAUCACAGGACUCUCCCUGACCCAAGUCAGCAACUGGUUCAAAAACAGAAGACAACGGGACAGGAACCCCUCCGAGGCUCAGUCUAAAAGUGAGUCAGAUGGAAACCACAGUACAGAAGAUGAGUCCAGUAAAGGCCACGAUGAGCUGUCUCCUCGUCCCCUGUCAAACUCCUCUGAUGGCGUGAUCACACAUGGAUCAUUACCUCUCCAGACCGGUGGCAUGGACACAGGCAUGGUGAUUCAGCAAAUCGGAGACAUCAAAUCGUCACCAGGUUCCACCAGUGCAUCGCUGUACAAUGGAAGUUUGGUCAGCAACAACUCUUUCCACAAUGGUAGCUCAUACCUGCACUCACCGGGAAAUAUACUGUUCAACGGACUAAGCCUAGGCAUUCAACCUUUGCCUUUCAGUCCUCUGCGGCCCUCUGGGGGGAUGCUUCUGGGGGGCUCUGGCCUAGACGUGCACAUGCAGACUGGACAGGACAAAGCCGAGGAGACGUCUCUACAGUACGGAGCAUAUGCGGGCUGUGUUGUGAACGGGACUGAGGUCAAGCUGGAGAACAUGCACAACAUGGCCUCCCAAAAUAUUGCCUCAUCACUGUCGUUGGGGGGCUACAGCCUGGUGCCAGUGCCCAAUGCAGUGGCAGAGAAUGACAACAACCCUCUCCUCAGCGGGGACGUGGGGCUUUCUCCACUACAGCUGUCAUCUUCUUCUACUGUGUCUCAAGCCUCUCUGAACAAUGUGAUAGCGUCUUCGUCAAGCGCCGAGAUGACCCUGGCGUCCCUCCACCACGGCACGGUCCUCUACAGCAUGGGCCUCAGCUCGCACGGCUCCAUCAAGAAGGAACCUCUGGAUGGCAAUGUGUUCUCCUCGUACCACCCGGCGAUGCAGCUCGACCACGGCGCGCACCUCAGCUACAGCUCCACCCCGGACGAGCAGAACCACAGCCAGGGCUCCCUCAUCACUACCUCAGAGGCCGCCGUGGUUAGCUCCUCCAGCUCUGAGAACGAAGUAUACACCACUCUGACCGUGAGCACACCUCUGACGGCCCACGGAGAGCACCUGGGGUCGGCGGAGUACCUGAUGAGCUCCGAGGUCAGGGCCGCGCACUUGCUCAACUCGGGCAACUACAUGAAUUUGUCUGACAGUAAGGAGGAGGACUCAGGAGCGGUGAGCGAGAUGGUGCGGGCCAUGUGUGGGGAUUCGGAGGAGGGGAAAGAGCUGGCUAAACUCCAGACUGUCCAGAUGGAGCAGGACAUGGCCGAUCUCUGA